AUUCUUUUAAGUUUUAUCCACCUAAUGGACUGCUAACAUUUUUUUGUUAUUGUUUUCCUUUUAAUGCGUUGGAAAGUCAGUUUAGCGUAUCACAUGAUUUUUUAAAUUAAACAUGUUUUUAAAUACAAAAUUUGAAACUAUUAUAUCCAAUCAUUCAAUAUUUAUGCAAUAUAUAUUAUACGAAAAAGAACGUCUUUUGACAAAAAAAUAAAACUUAUUUAAGAUAUAUAUAAGUAGUCUAAUUUAUCAUAAAUUAAAGCUUUAGUAACAAUUGAUACUAUUGCUUUUCGUUUUAAUCCUUAAAUAAAUAUUUUUACAAUUUUUUUAUACAUAAAAUAUAUUUACAACUGAUUUGCCGAAAUUAUAACGAUGUCAGAGUAUUUUUUUCAUGUAGGUAUAAUUUUUUAUUUUAAAUGUUUACACGUACCAACCAGGAUGCAUCUGUUUUGUUUUUUCCUUUUCAUGUAGAAAAGCAAAACUGAAGGAGAUCUUUUGUGUUAGUUGGAGCUAAAACAAGAAAUUAGUGUCAAGUAUAAGAAUCAAAUCGAACACCGUCAUAUUUUCAACAAUGGAUAGCGACUCAUUUAUAAAUGUUUUUUCAUAUAGGAUUAAUUAAUAUAGAGUUUUCUUAACAAUUGUUAAAAUACAAAUAAUGAGGGUUGUAGAAACAGGGAGAACGAUACUAGGUGUAAAUUAAAGAGAAAGGACUCGAAUAGUUGGUUAUUCAUGGAAGACACCGCACAACAAAUCAAGCGUCCUUUUGGUGUUCCUGAAGGACCAGAAUUCACUGUUGGGUUGGAUGUACCUUUGAGCGAGUUGAAGGUGGAGCUUCUUAAAGAAGGUGUGUCCAUCAUUAUGCUGACUGGUUUAGGUGGAUCAGGAAAAACCACUUUGGCUACAAAGCUUUGUUGGGAUGAACAAGUCAUAGGUAAAUUCAAGGAAAAUAUUUUAUUUGUCACCUUCUCAAAAAAGCCUAAGUUGAAGAUUAUUGUAGAAAGACUAUUUGAACAUUGUGGAUAUCAAGUGCCUGAGUUUCAAAGCGAUGAAGAUGCAGUCAAUCAAUUGGGACUUUUGCUGAGGAAAAUUGAUGCAAGUCCUAUGUUGCUGGUCCUGGAUGAUGUCUGGCCUGGCUCAGAAGCCUUAGUUGAGAAAUUUAAAGUUCAGAUAUCAGAUUAUAAAAUUUUGGUGACUUCAAGAAUAGCAUUCCAUAGAUUUGGCACUCCAUUCAUCUUAAAACCUCUUGUUCACAAUGAUGCAAUAACCCUUUUCCGUCACCACGCUCUCUUAGAAAAAAACAGUUCAAACAUUCCCGACGAAGAUCUUGUCCAAAAGGUUGUGAGACAUUGCAAGGGUUUACCGCUUGCCAUUAAAGUGAUUGGUAGAUCACUAAGUAAUCGAUCUUAUGAGAUGUGGCAAAAGAUGGUGGAGGAAUUUUCACAUGGUCAUACUAUACUUGAUUCUAACAUUGAAUUAAUUACUUCCCUCCAAAAGAUCUUAGAUGUCUUGGAAGAUAAUCACAUCAUCAAAGAGUGCUUCAUGGACUUAGCUUUAUUUCCUGAAGGCCAAAGAAUUCCUGUUGCUGCUCUUGUUGAUAUGUGGGUAGAGUUGUAUGGACUAGAUAAUGAUGGCAUAGCAACGGCCAUUGUCAAAAAAUUAGCUUCCAUGAAUCUGGCUAAUGUCUUAGUGACAAGGAAAAAUACAAGUGAUACAGACAGUUACUAUUACAAUAACCAUUUCAUCAUUCUCCAUGAUAUUUUAAGAGACUUCGCAAUUUAUCAAAGCAACCAGGAACAAGUUGAACAGAGAAAAAGACUGAUGAUUGACAUAACAGAAAAUAAACCUAAAUGGUGGCCCAGAGAAAAACAGCAAGGCUUGAUGAUCCGCGUACUGUCAAAUAUUUUUGGAUGGCGUGUUGAACAAAAACCCCAACAGAUCCCUGCACGGGCAUUGUCUAUAUCGACCGAUGAAACUUGCACAUCAUAUUGGUCCCACCUGCAACCAGUUCAAGCUGAGGUUCUGAUUUUAAACUUUCAAACUAAUCAGUACACCUUUCCAAAGUUCCUGAAAGAAAUGAGUAAACUAAAAGUUCUGACAGUCAUACAUCAUGGUUUCCAUCCUUCUAAAAUGAACAAUUUUGAGUUACUUGGCUCAUUAUCCAACCUAAAACGAAUCAGAUUAGAGAGGAUUUUGGUUCCUCCCUUUGUCACAUUGAAGAAUCUAAAAAAGUUAUCCCUCUUCUUGUGUAAUACAAGACAGGCUUUUGAAAAUGGAAACAUGCUAAUUUCAGAUGCUUUUCCAAAUCUAGAAGAUUUGAAUAUUGACUAUUGCAAAGAUCUGAUAGAAUUGCCUAAGGGGGUCUGUGAUAUCACCUCCCUGAAGAUGCUCAGCAUUACUAAUUGCCAUAAGCUUUCUGCAUUGCCUCAACAAUUUGGAAACUUGGAGAAUUUGAAACUUCUAAGGCUAAGUUCCUGUACUGAUUUGCAAGAGAUACCAAAUUCUAUUGGAAGACUUUCGAAUCUAAGACAUAUGGACAUCUCAAACUGCAUUAACCUUCCAAAUUUACCAGAGGACUUUGGUAAUCUUUGUAAUCUAAGAAAUCUGUACAUGACAAGUUGUCCAAGGUGUGAAUUGCCACCCUUAAUCAUCAAUCUUGAGAAUUUAAAAGAGGUGGUAUGUGAUGAAGAGACGGCUGCUUCAUGGGAAGCUUUUAAACCUAUGCUUCCCAAUCUAAAGAUAGAUGUUCCUCAACUUGAUGUUAACUUAAAUUGGCUUCAUGAAAUUCGCUCCUAAGUCCUAAUACCUGUUUCAUGCUAAUGUCAUUGUGUUAGUGGCUUUCGGGUUUGAUUAGCAAUCUUAGGUUUCCACAGGAAAAGGCCAUCAUUUUCUGUGACAAUCUGAGUGCAAUCUGUUUAGCCAAGGAUCAAGUCCAUCAUGAGAGGACUAAGCACAUUGACAUUAGAUACCACUUCAUCCAUUUUGAGAAAAGGGUCAAAGUCCAGAAAGUUGAUACGAGGGAGAAUCCAACAGAUAUGUUCACGAAGCCGGUUCUAAGAAACAAGUUCAUGCAUUAUCUGGAUCUACUUACUGUAGAUUGCUGGAAAUGAACUGAGUUAGUUGUAAUUCAGAAAUAUUAUUGAAUCAAGGUGGAGAUUGAUGAUUGUUGGACAAUACAUGAUAGACAUAGAAUGGACAACAAUGAUCGUCUGGUCCAGUACUUUUAUCUUUUAUAUAGGUCAUCCAAUCCUAUGUCACCUGGUGGAGCAUCCAGUCACGUACGAGGGACCGUCCAACAUGGUGAUUCACUAACAUAAGUUGUGUUGUAACUGUAACUAUUUUCUAUUUUUUUCCGUUUGUAACCAUUUUCGGUUAGAUAGAUAGUAGUUGUCUCCUUUACAAGGAGCUCUGUAUUUUGGGUUUAGAGAGUUUGAGAGUAUUUUGAACCCCUUCAUUGUAAAUUUUGUUAUUCGUAAUAAACUUAACAAUUUUGCACAAUA